UAGGGUCGACCUGAGUGAUGUAUUUUACUCUAGUACUCAAAAGUGUAAAAAUGUGUGUGUGUUUGGUAUGGGUUAAGAAGAGAAAGGAGGGGGAGAGUUGUGGGGAACGAGGUGUAGUGACAGAGACCAGGGGGGGACUUGUCGGCGUCAUCAAAGCACCGGACCACCAGACAUACACUCAGGCUGUGCAUGGAGUUACAAACCGCAGUGUGCUUCCACAUGCUAUUUGGUGCAUGUUCUACAUUACUGUCGUUACCAAUCCCCAAACCUAACAGCUAGCAAGCCCUGCCCCUCUGCCCUGUUUGUCUGUCAUCUAUCUAA